UUGGCCAUUGUGACACCGACUGCGUACGCAUCAACACGCUGCUAGUUGGAGCAGGUUGUGUGCUUGCUUGAUUGUCUUACUUGAAAAGUCCGGUCUUUGGCCAUGGAGAACUGCCGUGAAUGACCCUGUGAAUACUAGGCGACAGCCUUUGUCCCUGUUGCUUUUUAUGCCGGAGCUUGUCCCCUUUUAUAACGGAGCCUAUCGCACUUCCAGUGUUAUAUCUAUGGGUCCGGCCCUCCUGGGUAACAGAAUACUUCUGCUGCCUUGUUUUCUUCCCAAGCUAUCUCUCGUUGCUAGUGUUUCUUUGCUCCAGUGCUCUGGUAUUUAGACGCUCGUUUAUCUUCGCUCGUUGACUUGUUCGUUUCUUUGGUUAUCUCCUAACCCUUCAUUUAUUCAAAAUAUUGCAUCUCAUACAACUCUCUACGUCUGUACUGUCCGUCUGAACCCAUCCAUCAUGAGGGCCGUAGUGCUGGCCUCUCUCCUCUCGGUCUCCCUCUGGCCUCUUGCGGCUUUGGCGCACCCCAGGGGUUUGGUGUGGGAAACCGAUGAAUGCUAUCCUAGCCCGGGAAAAUCCGACAAUGACUGUUCUGACAACCAGAAAACUGGUUUUGACUGGUCAGGCCUCGCUCUCGGUUCCUUCUCGGCCUAUGCUGGCUUUGACUUUUCGGGCUUCUCCUUGAAAGAGAGCUUCGGUGCUUCUGGCUCUGGUAGUGGGAAAUGCAUCGUUGGCAAGCUCUCGAAGGGAAGCUCUUCGGGCCCUAAGAUGUCUUCCGGACAAAGCCAGAAGGGAUUCUCGGUCAGCAGCUUCCGUCUUGCCACGUCCCAGGAAGCCGAUGUCCACAUCAUUUAUAAUAUGCCUGACGGGUCCACCUGCAAAGAUGUUGCGUCCUGCUCCCCGGCCGGUACAGAUGUCGCCAACGAUCAAUGCGGUGGUGCCGCUUCAGUGAGCUUCGAGCUAGAUGCGGACACCGAUGUCGAAGCCUGUGACUUGGGUAUCUACAAGGUCAGCUUCGAUUGCUCGCCUGGCCAGGACCCAUCGACAUCCAGUACCCUUGCCCUUCCGUCCUCGACUAAAGCGAGUGGCUCCUCCACCCCACUCAUCCCAGUGGCUCCGCCCUCAUCUGCAGCCGCGACGACUCCUGUCCCUACAACACCAGUCAGGAUGACCACGUCGACUGUUUAUACCACUCGGGAGGUGACCAUCACAAGCUGCGCACCUACCGUGACUAAUUGUCCGGCGAACUUGGUCACCGUGAUCACCUCCACCAUUGCUGUUUCGACUACUGUCUGCCCGGUUACUGAAUCCUCUUCUGGGAGUUCCCCAGCCAAGGGUACGUCAGCGGAGAGCACUUCUAGCAUGCCGCUGAUCACGACGUCUGCCAGAGUUCCAUCUGGUAGCUCCCCUGUCGAGCUCACUUCUCCUUCGAGUCCGGCCCCUACUGCCCCUGCUUCAUCCACCUCCGUUGUUGCACCAGGGCAUGGUUCUUCAGUUCCCGCAGUUGACAAGACUACUGUCAUCACAUAUGUGACGGUUACCACCUGUCCAGUGACUUCUACCGGCUCUGCGGGCGGCUCGCUCACCACGUCAGUGGGGACGACGGUCUCUACUGUCACGCUGACCUCGACAUCAACCAUUUGCACCAAGUGUGUUGCUCCGACUUCUGCUGUUGGGUCCUCCGUUGCGCCAAUUUCGUCUGGCCCGGUGUCCGUGCCUGAGAGAGUGACCACUGUUGUCACUUGGGAGACCGUGACCACCUGCCCUGUGACCCAUGUUGUUACCUCAAGUGGUGUUCCUGUCACCUCAGUCACCAGCACGGUCUCAACCCUGACCCUAACCUCCACCUCGGUGUCCACGGUUUGCCCUGGGUGCUCAGCUUUACCAACCUCUGUGGUUUCCAGUGCUCAUGGCCCGUCCGGGAUUGCUCCCAUCUCAUCCGGACCUGUCUCUGUUCCCGAGAGCACAACAACUGUGGUGACCUGGGAAACCGUGACCACCUGUCCUGUGACUGCCAUCGUCACCUCGAGUGGCAAGGCUAUCACCUCAGUCACCAACACUGUUUCAACCAUCACUCUGACAGCCACUUCCACCAUUGCCAAGACAGUCGGACCCUCGGGGGCCUCGGGUGCCACCGGAGUGCCCACUCCCGCUCCAUCUGCUCCUUGCCCUAACACGGUGCCCAAGUGUAUCAAUACCUGGCUAAACCUGCUUCCCAAGUGCAACUCCAACAGCGAUAUUAGCUGCUACUGCCCAUCCGAUGAGUUCACCAAGAAGGUCAUUGCCUGUAUCCAGGCAUGGGGAGCCUCUCAAGCAGAGGUCCAGGCCGCUCUCUCCUACUUCACUGGUAUCUGUGCUGCCUAUAUCCCGCGAAACCCAGGCAUCGUGACCGUCAUCCCUACCACAAUCACUCUGGGUCCUGGUCCCACUGGUGCCUCCCCGGUGACCGGUACAGCCCCUCACUCAGCUCCCAGCGGUGCCGCGCCUGUAACCAAACCCGCCACGGCUGCAACCCCUGCGCCAUACACAACCGUCACCUACUCCACCUGGACCGUGACUGUGCCCAAGGUUGUGUUUACCACCGCCAGCGGAAGCACGCAGACCACCGUGGGCCUCAUCCCCGGAGGACCAACCAGCACCUCAGCCAUCUCCACCCAUCUCACCAAUCCCUGGGCGUCAUCGACCCUGGGCACCUCCUCAGCCCGACCAACUCCGUCCCGGUCCCCCAGCUCCACUCCUCCUCUGCUGUCCAACACCGGAGCGAACGAGAAAGCCCCUUCGUGCUGGUGGUUGGGCGUGGCUAUUGCCGCUCUCUUGGGUGUCUAUCAAUAGUCUCUUGGACAAUCCCAUGAAGAAAGACUC